GUUCUUCAAGAAAGAAUGAGUGGAGAAUCCAGGAUGAUAUCUCACUUUCAUUAUACUACGUGGCCAGAUUUUGGAGUCCCUGAAUCCCCAGCUUCAUUCCUGAACUUCCUUUUUAAAGUCAGAGAAUCUGGUUGCCUAAGUCCUGAACAUGGACCGGCAGUGGUUCACUGUAGUGCAGGGAUAGGACGAUCCGGCACGUUUUCAUUAGUAGACUCUUGUCUGGUUCUGAUGGAAAAAAAGGAUCCGUUUUCUGUAGAUAUUAAGAAGGUGUUAUUGGAUAUGAGAAAAUACCGAAUGGGACUUAUUCAGACACCUGAUCAACUAAGAUUUUCAUAUAUGGCCGUAAUAGAAGGAGCAAAAUUUAUAAUGGGGGAUUCAACUAUACAGAAACGGUGGAAGGAGCUCUCUAAGGAGGACCAGGCGCCAAGUAGCGAGCAGUCUCCUCCACACCCAGCCAAAAUAACCACCGAGAAGUACAAUGGGAACAGCGUAGGCCUGGAGAGUAAAGAUCAAAUGGAUAAAAUAAGUACUGGGCUGUCCACUAAAGUUCAGGAUGGCACAGAUGGAAACGUUGAAAGUGCUGCCCGAAAACGACUGCGAGACGAUAGGAAAGCUAACACAGCACAGAAGCUCCAGCAGAUGAAGCAGAAGCUAAAUGAGACUGAAAGAAAAAGAAAAAGGCCGAGACUGACUGACACCUAAGCCUCCAAGACUUGUGAAUAUUCUGCAGCUAUAAACUGCAAAUUAUUGACAUGCAAAGCAAGACAUGAACCCCUCUUCGGGAACAAAAGUGAGGUCCGUUAAGUACCGGGAGGACCUCAGUUAUCUGUUUACAGCGUAAACUGCAUCCAGGGGACGAAGAACACCACCAGCAUGCUACUUUGCAAAACAAAAUGACUUGCUGUCUUGUGUUUUUAUAAUGCCUGUAUUAAUGUAGAAAGAUGUAAAAGAAAUAAAUUAGGAAAUAUUUUGUUUUGUACUGCCACUCUUACUGUAUUUUUAUACGAUUUUGGCAGCAUUAAAUAUUUUUUUAAAUUGACAACGUGCUGUUGUGUGCGAAUUGUGUUAGGAAGCAACUGUUAAAAGCUUAUUUGGAGCUAGAAGAAAUGUUUCACCUCAUGGCGUUUCCUGAUACCCUGUCUCAACUGGAACAUUGCUACAUAUUCUUGCUAGAAUGGGCUUUAUGCAAAUAUUUCAAUGAAUGUUCAGUAUUGUAGUCUCAGCUGAGAGGAACUCUUGCACAUUUCUUUUUGUAAUACACCACUAAGAACGUUAUUUCAUUAACCUGCCCCAUUGAUUUGGUAAUCCUUAUGUUUGCUACCAAAUAUACGCAGAAUGUUUGGAGUAACUUUGGGAAUGUGUUCUGUUGUUCUGCCUUCAGGGAAGGGGGAGUCUCACUGCCCACCCCUUCCUGCAACGAAUGGGCUGAGGGCCAGGUGCCCAGGUGGAGCCUUUCAUUAAAGGGUUUUGUAUUGUGCCA